CCGCAUUUCACCACAUCUUGGCGUCACGAGAUAAUCUUUGAUAAGCUGAUAAGGCACCUUGAUCUGUAACUCAUUCUCCAACAAGAAACAACUACAACGAACAACAGAUCUCAUCUGGGUGCAAUACCCGUUGAAAUAUGUCACUCGUUCAAUUUUAUUGUCCGGAGCGCCAUCACUGCAGGUGCUUUGCAAUCUGGGGAGCCCCUGUCUUGACUGCCACUAUUUCGCUUCUGACCGACCAUUUCUACCCUUGCUUCAAACCACGCAGUCUACUCGUUCGCGAGUCGUUUGGAAGGUUCAAUAGCGAGAGCGACGUGUAUUCGAUAGUCAGGAAUCGUCGCCCACUUAGUGGAAAACACUGGUCUUCAGCCAAUCGCACUGCGAUCGACAAAAUAAAAAUGUCAGACCUUUUAAGCGAACAAAUCAGGGGCUUUGGGCAACACUGAAAACCCUGUGAAUAAUACUCCGACUAGGUUUCGUAUUAAUGGACGUGUCUGACAUGAAGAGAACCUGGAAAAAAGACGAUAUACCAGAUUAGGAAACAGGACUGUCUAUCAUUAUUCUUGGGCCAUGGGUAGCUUGACCCCAUGCACCAAACAAAGGAUCAGAUUUCUGGUGGAGAAUAGUGUGACGGUAUAGUUGACUGGUGUUCUCGGCCCACCGUCAGUGCCAUGCUGAGCCACUGUAAUACCUGAUUCCCUGUAGUUGAACAUUCCUCUUUGUCGUAUUCAGCGUAUUGAAUGUAUACCCCACCUCGGUGUAACGGAUUCCGCGCCAGAGGAACAAUGGUUGUGUGGUUAGCCUACGUAUAUAAGGUUCCAUCAUCAGUGACACAUCCUUUCACUGAGAACGGUGCUGCGUCUCGACUUUGGAGGCCCGCUAUACAAUGCCUGUAUUUGCCGACGUUCUGGAAAGCCACUACCUCUUCCAGGGUAUUGCAGUGGCCCUGGCCUUUGC